CUAAGUUCUCUGUGUGUUUGAAUGGAGGCUUAACUGGAAACUUCUCUGCCAAGAAGGGACUCAGACAGGGCUGCCCAUUGUCACCAUACUUGUUCACUAUUAGUAUGGAGGUUCUCUCCUGUAUGCUUAAUAGGGCAGCAGCAAGGAAAGUCCUAUCUUUCCAUCCUCAAUGCCAAAGGAUUGGGCUCACCCACCUCUGCUUUGCUGACGAUCUUCUGAUCUUCACAAAGGGUUCAGAAGAGGCAGUGGGAACAGUUGCUACAAUCCUAGAGAAGUUUUAUCUGGUUUCAGGGCUAAGAUGUAAUCCUUCUAAGAGUGAGAUUUUUUGUGCGGGUGUGAAUGAGGAGGUGAAGAAAACACUGGUUAAUUGUUUUGGAUUCAAAGAAGGAACUCUCCCUGUCAUGUAUCUGGGGAUCCCACUCUCUGCAGGGAAACUGAAAGCAGUGGAUUGCAAAGCAUUGGUGGAAAAAAUUACAAGUCGAAUAAGAGGCUGGCAACCGAAGCUUUUGACAUAUGCUAGGAAAAUUCAGUUAAUAGUAGCAGUUCUAGCUAGCAUAUCUCAGUACCGGAUGAAUAUCAUCCAACUCCCCAAGAAAGUUAUCAAGGAAGUGGAAAGCAUGUGUUCAAAAUUCUUAUGGAGUAACAUGGAACAGAACAAGAAAGCAAAGGUGGCAUGGAAGCACGCUGCUUUUCCUAAGGAAGAAGGUGGACUGGGCUUUCGUGAUUUAUGGUCUUGGAACCAAGCUUGCCUGGCUAGACAUAUUUGGGUUGUUCUAGCAAAUCAAGAAACUCUGUGGAUUGCAUGGUUGAAGGAGUACUGGUUACGCAACAUUAGCAUCUGGGAAACUCAAAUUAGAGGGUCCUGGGUCUGGAACAAGAUACUUAAGACUAGACCACUUCUUAAUUCAUCCCUGGUCUGUACUGAAGCUGGGGUAGAGUGGAAUGGUGCUGUCAUGACUAGGUUUAGUAUAAAAACUGUCUGGGAUAGCCUCAGACCUCGAAGAGAAACUGUUCCCUGGGCAUCACUGGUAUGGAAGGGGCCUCUGAUCCCUAAGAAUUCCUUAAUAACGUGGUUGGUUAUACAGGACAGAAUUACAACGUUAGACAAAGUUAAGAAGUGGAACCCGGAUGUUCUGGACAUAUGCCCCCUCUGUCAUUCUGAUCCAGAGACUCGUGACCAUCUCUUCUUCUCCUGCUCUUAUGUCAGGACUGUUUGGAGUAUUGUGUUUGAUCCUUGGCAGAUUUCUCUUGGGUGGACUUUCCAAAGUGGGGUUUUAGCAGCUGUCACCAGGCUAGGUGACACGCCAAAACACAACACCUAACAACGGCCAAGUGUAACCAAUGAAAGGGACUGCAGUAUAGUGGCACAAGUAAUAAAUAUCGAAUCCACGGGUCUCUAGAGUUACUAUUACUCAGCUUCAGUUCAUUAUCUAGCAAACUAGAUUAAGGAUUGAUUAACUAAACUACUCUACUAACUAAACUAAGUAAAACUACUAAUUACAGUUUGGGAACUCACUUAGGUAUGAUUCCCCCUAGCUCCUCAAUUAGGUCCAAGUUGUAAUUCAUUUUGGUUGAUUUACUGUUGAUUAAACUGCGGAAGAUCCGACAGUAGCUUGGAAUCUCUUAAGCUGACCAAGCCCUCUCAGUCUAACUAUCCGGCAGACGACUAGUCUUCACCGGGAUAGAAAGCUGAAGCAAUAAGCACAGAACUCCACU